AUGUCGGCCCCUCUUCUUAAAUCUGCCAAGUCUAAAAUUGAAGAGAGACUCAGAGCCAUUGGGCGUCCAAAGGAUGACAUUUCAUCUGAUCCAAAUGAACCGUUCGUCAAGAAAUGGGAUCGAUCACUAGAGAAAUUCAGCAAUGUCAUUGAAAAGUAUUACAAUGAUAAUAGGCAGAGCAAGGAGGAGUUUGACAAAAAAAAGGGAAUUCUAGAGGAGAUUGAAGGAUAUCUAGCCAAGAAUGUAUUCAAUAAACCUAUCAGUGGAAUUCAAUACGAAAUUAAAGCAGUUGUCCCAUUUGGUAGUUCUGCAUCUGGUCUCGGUAUGAAAGAGGGUGACCUCGAUAUGACAAUUUGCGUUCAUCCUCCUCUCGGUAAAAGACGAACCGAAGAAAUUAAAGAACGGAGCAACAAAAUUUUGUCUGAAAUUUAUAAAAAAAUUAAGUCGGGAAAAAUGUUGAAAGGAAGAAAAAUGAAAGACAUGUCCCGCAUUGACGGAGCAAGAGUUCCGAUUAUUAAUGGGCUUGUGGAUGAUGUCGAGUUGGAUAUCAGUAUCUCAAUGACUGUUUUGGUUUCCGCUCAGUACCUUGCUUCCAAAUUCAUUGAUGCUUAUGAAAAAUAUAACCGUAAAUUCAUCUUGCUUGCUGCUUAUGUCAAAUAUUGGUCUAAAACCAAGAAAACCGACGAAAACGAGGAUUACUACAAAACAGUUUCCGAAUAA